AUGUCAAGACAUAUAUCUAAAUCCAAAUCCAAGGCCUUGUACUUGUACAAGAAUGCUGCUGCUGUUGGCAUUCAGAAACUUUCAUUAUCGGCGGCACAGUUGAGGACGUCUGCAACUCGGGCUUCCUGCACGGACUCGGAAGAAAUUUCAGAAGGCGAAGACUGGUACGCUUCCCAUAUCAUCCAAGAUAAGGACCUUCUUCGCAAGAGCCUCCACAAUUCGGGAACAGGGCUUCAUGUUCUGGACUUGGUUAAUCGCGGUUCUUUGGAAGCGGACCGGACUCUGUACAAUAAGUUGCUAAACAGAUGUACCCAGAUGGGCAGACUUCAACAAGCAAGAAUUGUGCACGCUCACAUCCUUACUUCCCACUUUAAAGAUGACCUUCCCAUCCACAACACCAUCCUUAACAUGUAUGUCAAAUGCGGUAGUUUGGAAGACGCUCGUAACCUGUUUGAUCAAAUGCCUUGCAAGGACUUGGUCACUUGGACUGCCUUGAUUUCUGGCUAUUCUCAAUAUGAUCGACCUCAGGAUGCACUUGUUUUGUUCCCUCAAAUGCUCCUCCGUGGCCUGGAACCCAAUCAGUUCACCUUGUCUAGCUUGUUCAAGGCUGCUGGUGCUGUGUCUGAUGAUAACAACAAGCACGGCAGGCAGCUUCAUGCUUAUUGCCUUAAGUACGGUUUUGAUACCAAUGUUUAUGUGGGCACUUCUCUUGUGGACAUGUAUGCUAGGUGGGGCCAUAUGGAUGAAUCCCAGUUGAUCUUUGACUCCCUGGAGACCAAGAAUGAGGUGUCUUGGAAUGCUUUGAUUGCUGGCCAUGCCAGGAAGGCUCAAGGAGAGCAUGCUCUCAGGUUGCUCGGGAAGAUGCUCAGGGAAGGAUUUAAACCCACACAUUUCACUUAUUCUAGCGUCUUUACUGCCUGUGCCAGUGCAGGGUCUAUGGAGCAAGGCAAGUGGGUUCACGCCCACAUGAUAAAAUCGGGUGCUAAGCUUGUUGCUUUUGUCGGGAAUACUCUUCUUGACAUGUAUGCCAAAUCAGGCAGCAUUGAGGAUGCAAGAAAGGUUUUUGACAGGUUGGUUAGACAAGACAUUGUUUCUUGGAAUUCUAUGCUUACUGGAUACGCCCAGCAUGGGCUUGGACAGGAAACUGUACAGCGGUUUGAAGAAAUGCUGAGAAUUGGAAUCCAACCUAAUGAUAUAACCUUUCUUUGUGUUCUUACUGCCUGCAGCCAUGCUGGUCUCUUAAAUGAGGGACAAUAUUAUUUUGACUUGAUGAAAAGUUACAACAUAGAACUGCAGAUUUCACACUAUGUGACAAUUGUUGAUCUUCUUGGCCGUGCAGGUCUUCUUGAUCGAGCUGAGAAGUUCAUAAGAGAAAUGCCGAUUGAACCCACUGCAGCUGUUUGGGGAGCCUUGUUAGGUGCUUGUAGGAUGCACAAGAAUAUAGACUUGGGCGCUUAUGCUGCUGAACGUGUUUUUGAGCUUGAUCCCCAUGAUUCAGGCCCCCAUGUCUUACUUUCUAAUAUCUAUGCCUCUGCUGGCAGAUUGAGUGACGCUGCAAGAGUGAGAAAGUUGAUGAAAGAUUGUGGGGUGAAAAAAGAACCUGCUUGUAGUUGGGUGGAGAUUGAGAAUGCAGUCCACAUGUUUGUGGCAAAUGAUGAUGCUCACCCUCAAAGAGUAGAGAUCCUUCAGAUGUGGGAGACGAUUAGUGGGAAGAUUAAGGAGAUUGGAUACGUCCCAGACACUAGCCAUGUUCUUUUCUUUGUGGACCAGCAGGAGAGGGAAGUCAAGUUGCAGUACCAUAGUGAGAAGCUUGCUCUAGCAUUUGCGCUUCUUAACACUACUCCAGGAUCCACCAUUCGGAUCAAGAAGAACAUCAGGGUUUGUGGUGAUUGUCAUUCGGCAAUCAAGUACGUCUCAAAGGUGGAAGGGAGAGAAAUCAUUGUGAGAGAUACAAACCGGUUCCAUCAUUUCCGCGAUGGCUCUUGUUCUUGUAGGGACUAUUGGUAG